AUGAGCAGCCUGUGCACGGACCACGGGGCAGUGCCCACAGACAGUGACGCGCGCGCUAGGCCUGUGCCUUUGCGCGGGCAUGUGCGCAUGCACGGGGGUUCCGCUCUGACAGAAGUUUGUGAUCCGCAAGGACAGGAUCAGCCUCACGCAGCUGGACCGAGAGCCGACAUGUCUGCGGAGAAGAUCGAGAAGAGCCGCACCAUAGACUUGAGGAAAAAGCACAUUGGGCCUUCUUGCAAGAUCUUCUUCAGCCAUGACCCCAUCAAAAUAGUGCGAGCAAAGGGCCAGUACAUGUACGACGAGACCGGACAGCGCUACUUGGACUGCAUCAAUAAUGUAGCUCAUGUGGGACAUUGUCACCGUGACGUGGUGAGAGCCGGGGCGCUGCAGAUGGAGCAGCUCAACACAAACUCGCGCUUUCUCCACGACAACAUGGUGCUGUUCGCCGAGAAACUGCAAUCCACGCUGCCGGAGAAGCUGUCCGUCUGCUACUUUGUCAACUCUGGCUCCGAAGCCAAUGACCUGGCCCUGCGCCUCGCCCGCCAGUACACCGGCCACAGCGACGUCAUCACCCUGCAGAAUGCGUACCACGGCCACGUCUCAUCCCUCAUCGACAUCAGUCCGUACAAGUUCAACCAGGUGCCAGAGUACCAGAUGAACCCCUGUGUGCAUGUGGCUCCGAGUCCAGACGUGUACAGAGGGAAGUACAGGAGAGACCACCCGGACCCCGCCACAGCGUACGCAGACGACGUCCAAGACCUGAUCCACAAAGCUGAAGACAAAGGAAGAAAGAUCGCCGCCUUCAUAGCUGAGUCUCUGCAGAGCUGUGGUGGGCAGGUCAUUCCCCCCGUGGGCUACUUCCAAAAGGUUGCUGAGCGUGUGCGGAACGCUGGAGGGGUUUUCAUCGCCGACGAGGUCCAGGUCGGAUUUGGCCGAGUCGGGAGCCACUUUUGGGCCUUUCAGCUUCAAGGAGAGGAUUUUGUGCCGGACAUCGUGACUAUGGGGAAACCGAUUGGAAACGGACACCCUCUGUCCUGCGUGGUCACGACGAGAGAGGUGGCAGAGGCCUUCAUGAAAUCUGGAAUGGAAUAUUUUAAUACAUUUGGAGGUAACCCCGUGUCGUGUGCCAUCGGUCUGGCCGUGCUAGACGUGAUUGAGAAAGAGGAUCUCCAAGGCAAUGCGCUGCGUGUGGGGGGAUACCUGUGCAAAAUGCUGGAGGAACACAAGGAGAAACACCCACUGAUCGGAGAUAUCAGGGGCUGUGGUCUGUUUGUUGGUGUGGAGCUGGUGAGAGACCACUUCAAAUUAACCCCUGCUACAGCCGAAGCUCAGGAAGUCAUUUACAGGCUGAAAGAGCAGCAUAUCCUCCUGAGCGCAGACGGCCCUCAUCGAAAUGUCCUCAAGUUCAAGCCGCCUCUGUGCUUCACCAAGGAAGACGUAGACUUUGUGGUGGAAAAGAUUGACCAAAUUCUCACAGAACUUGAAGAAGAAUUAGGGAUGACAAGUAAUCUAAAUAUGAACAAUGAAGGGACUCAGAGAAAGAUAUUAGAUGAAAACCAGGAUCACAAGAAAGUCUACAGCAAAUACAAGAGCGAAUCUCCUCGCCUCAACGAACGGAUCAAAAUAUAA